AUGAAUCCAAAUUAUGCGAGUUCGGCUAGUGUUGUAAGACAAGUAGCUGACGAGGUGGCUUCGUUUAUAAGAAGAUUACAGCGCCUGGCGCUGAUUCAGAGCGUCGAAUUGGUCGGGUUUUCACUGGGUGCCCAUAUAGCUGGUCUUGUGGGUCGGACACUAUCAGUAUACCUGGGCCAAACUGAUUUGGUGUCGGAAAUAAUUGCUUUAGACCCAGCCGGGCCCGGCUUCACCGACUUCUUUACAUCGUAUCAACACGACAAGCUAGAACCAACCGACGCAAAAGUGGUGAUUACGCUCGUCACCAAUGCCGGAUGUUCGGGAAGCUCACAGCGUUUGGGUACGAUCAAUUUCAUCGCAAACAAUGGCCGAGAUCAAGUCGGAUGCGCAAGACAUGACUGCAUUUGUAGUCAUCGCAAAGCAGUUGAAUACUUUAUAGAUUCGCUGACAUCUUUCGCGUUUGUGGGCACAAAUUCGCAAUUCAAGACGCACGCGGUCUUUGGUCGCGGUUUGAAUGAUCGCACGCCGGCUGGCGAUUAUAAUUUCAGGACCAACUUGGUUAGUCCUUUUGGCAGAGCUUGA